AUGGAGGAGUCGGGGGUGCCGCGGGGCAUCUGGGAGGGCGAGGCCAAGGCGGUGCAGCAGUGCCUGACGGACAUCUUCACCAGCGUCUACACCACCUGCGACAUCCCGGAGAACGCCAUCUUCGGGCCCUGCGUGCUCAGCCACACCUCGCUCUACGACAGCAUCGCCUUCGUCGCCCUCAAGUCCACCGACAAGAGGACGGUCCCCUACAUCUUCCGGGUGGACACCUCGGCGGCCAACGGCUCCUCGGAAGGCCUGAUGUGGCUGCGCCUGGUCCAGUCGGCCCGCGACAAAGAGGAGCAGAACCUGGAGGCCUACAUCAAGAACGGGCAGCUCUUCUACCGCUCCCUCCGCCGGAUCGCCAAAGACGAGGAGCUGCUGGUCUGGUACGGGAAAGAGCUGAGCGAGCUGCUCCUGCUGAGCCCGGCCAGGGCGCACGCCAAGAUGAACGGCUCUCCGCCCUACGCCUGCCUGGAGUGCAGCCAGCGCUUCCAGUUCGAGUUCCCGUACGUGGCCCACCUGCGCUUCCGCUGCCCCAAGAGACUGCACGCCGCCGACAGCAGCGCGGCCGAGGAGGCCAGCACCAAGGCCAGCAGCCCGAAGGCCCCAGAAGGCGGCGGGGGCCCGCCGAGCGUCGCCAAGUACCACGCCAAGCCCCUCCACCACGCCCCCCACCCGACUCGUCACCAUUACGGUGGCCCGCAGGAGGGCCACGGCGGCGCCACCAAGCCUUCCACGGACUUCCACAACCUGGCGCGGGACAUGGAGAACUCCCGGGAGCGCAGCGGCUCGCCCGCCAGCCGGGAGCCGUCGGAGGGCAGCCCGGAGGGGCCGCCGGGCAAAGCCAAGCGGAAAUACCCGGCGGGCGAGGCGCUGGGCGAGGAGCGGGUGGCGGCCGCCAGGGGGCGCCUGGAGCGGCCCUUGCCGUCGUCGCCCAAGGAGGACCUGGUGUGCACCCCGCAGCAGCAGUACCGGCCGGCGGGCAGCUACUUCGGCCUGGAGGAGAGCAGCCGCCUCUUCGCGCCGCCCAGCCCGGAGACGGGCGAGGCCAAGCGCAGCGCCUUCGUGGAGGUGAAGAAGGCCUCGAGGGGCCUGGACGGCGGAGGCAGCGAGGAGGAGAAGGAGCGCGGCGACGGCGCCUCGCCGGGCAGCGCGCCCCCGGACAAGGCCCUGGGAGGCGGAGCCGCGGCGGGCGGCGGCCUGCCCAAGCAGAGCCCCUUCCUGUACGCCACCACCUUCUGGCCCAAGGGCGUGGCGGCGGCGGCGGCGGCCACGACGGCCCCCCUCCAGCUGCAGCUGCCCUCGGCGCUGACGCUGCUUCCGCCCUCCUUCACGUCGCUCUGCCUGCCGGCGCAGAACUGGUGCGCCAAGUGCAACGCCUCCUUCCGCAUGACCUCCGACCUGGUGUACCACAUGCGCUCCCACCACAAGAAGGAGUACGCCCUGGAGCCCCUGGUCAAGCGGCGGCGCGAGGAGAAGCUCAAGUGCCCCAUCUGCAACGAGUCCUUCCGCGAGCGCCACCACCUCUCCCGGCACAUGACCUCGCACAACUGA